AUGAGGAUGAUUGUUUCUUCAGACCUCGCAUUCCUACCUGGAAUGGCCCUUUUCCUGAUGUGUAUAGCGGAAGCUAUCUCUCCGACCUCGGCACAGAUCGUGGCGGUCAUCGACAAAGACAAGAACAGUAAAGUUGUCUAUUCAGCUCUGAAUACCAAGAUCCCCUUGUCGAACCCACAGUAUGACGUCACCAUGAUUCAAGCCUAUGACGAUAAUUCCAUAGAUACGCUCGACCGAGUGUGUACAGAGAUGAGUGGAGGUGGAAUGGCUAUGCUUGACGCCACUGCUCCAGCCGUGGGACCUCUGAUCCGGUCAUUCGCACGCACACUCGGAAUGGCCUACUUCACUCUAGUGGACCAGUCAACUUUGCUUCCUGUAGACUUUCAUCCGGAACUACACCUGCCCGUAGAACCGCCUGGUUCGGCCAUGUUUCACAUCAUACCAGACAUUGUUCAGCAUGAAAAUCUAACUAAAGUCGCCAUUUUGUAUGACGAAUCUUUCGAUCUCCACGUAAUUCCGAAGAGGAUUUUGACAGGAGUUCCCACUCAGCAUCUGUAUCAGGAGAUUUCACCAGACGAAGAAGCAUUGGCUUCACAACUUAAGCGCCUCAAAGACCUCGAAAUCAAAGUCUUCUUUGUGCUUAGUAAUUCCACAACGAUCACUUCACUGCUAGGGACGGUACACUCCCUGAAUAUGUUCGAGGAGAAGUAUAACUGGUUCGUCCUAAGUAAGGGUUCCAACCUCAACUGCCACAAGUGUAAAACAGGCAGUGUCAUACGAAUCAAUGGGAAACACCGCUUUGAGAAGUUGGAUGAUUAUAUCCAAGCUAUCAGCAACAUAUUACCCAACAAUUACCCAUAUUAUGCAGUUGACAUCCAGUUGGAUGACAUAUUUUACUACGACUUCCAUGUAAUGCUGGGUGAGGUACUGAAGAAGACACAGCCUACUGAAAUAGUCUCAGUACCAAAAGAUAACUGCUACGACAUUGCCAAUGCGACAGACGUCCUAUACAGACAGAGCAAGCAAAUAAUCGCUGCCUUCAAAGAUAUGACUAGAGAGGGAUUGUAUGGAGAUAUAGCUUUCUCCAAAGGGUCACUACGACAGAAACUAGUGUUAAACCUUCAACGACAGACGUUCAGGAAUGGACUGAACCAGGGAAACACACCGCUUGGUAACUGGACAGAGGCUAACGGCUUGGUGCUGAAUGUCAAGUCCCUUAUAGAGAGUCAAACCAAGAUGACACUCAGUGUUGUUAUCGCCGGGAAGUACCCGCCGUUUGUGUACGAGAGCAACAACAAUGAAACUAAAUACACAGGCUAUUGCCUCGACCUGCUCAACAGGAUCGCCAAGAUCGUGGGCUUCGACUACCAUAUCUACGAGGCUCCCGACGGACUAAUAGGGGCUAUGGCUGACGACGGCACCUGGAAUGGUGUCAUAAACGAACUCAUCCAGAAGAAAGCCGAUAUAGCUGUAGGACCUAUAUCAGUUAUGGCUGAGAGAGAAAAUGUAGUGGACUUCACAGUUCCCUAUUACGACCUGGUGGGAUUGACCAUUCUAAUGAAAAAACCGAAGUUUGAAUACUUCCUGUUCAAAUUCCUUAUUGUACUUCAUCCCAAAGUAUGGCUUUGUAUCAUUGCAGCUUAUUUCUUAUUCAGUGUACUCCUGUGUGCAUUUGACAAACUCAGUCCAUUCAGUUACCAGAACAAUUUAAAGCUUUGGAAAGGACAUGGCCCGGAGCCUCGCAUUUUUACGCUGAAAGAAGGAGUUUGGUUUUGUAUGAUGUCCUUGACACCACAAGGUGGUGGAGAGGCUCCUCGUGCGUUGUCAGGACGACUGAUAGCUGCCACCUGGUGGCUGUUUGGGUUCAUCAUCAUUGCCACUUACACUGCCAACCUCGCGGCACAUUUAACGGUAUCUCGGAUGGAGACUUUGAUCAAAUCCCUGGACGAUCUUUCUGCCCAAUACAAGGUCAAGUACGGACCACGGAACGGAAGUGCUGCUAUGGUUUAUUUCAAACGGAUGGCAGAAAUCGAGGAACGUUUCUAUAGUAUAUGGAAGCAGAUGAGCCUGAACGACAGUCUAGAUGCAGUGGAGCGCGCCAAGCUGGCAGUGUGGGACUAUCCCGUCAGUAAUAAGUACACCAAACUGUGGGAGACAAUGAAGGGACACGGCUUCUCCGACACCCUAGAGGGCUCGAUAGACCAAGUGAUGACUGGCGAAUAUGCUUACAUCGGUGACGCGGCAGAAAACAAGUACCAGACCUUGACAAAUUGUGAGGUAGAAGCGGUAGGGGAGGAGUUUAGUCGGAAACCCUUUGCCUUUGCCGUACAGGAUGGUUCGCCUCUCAGAAGCGAGAUCAGUAACGCAAUUUUACAAUUAUUGAAUGAACGGUUCCUGGAAAUGCUAAAGGCUCGAUGGUGGACGGACAAUCCCGAAAAGAUCGAGUGUCCAAAUAUUGAAGACGAGAGUGAAGGUAUCAGCAUUAAGAAUAUAGGCGGAGUAUUCCUCGUGAUCGCCGUGGGAACAGGCCUCGCACUCAUCUGUUUGGCGUUCGAAUUCUAUUUGUACCGAUACAAGCCGAAACUUGAAGCCAAGCGUUAUGGCGUUGCUAAGAAGCAGUCACGUGCUGAGUUGGUCACGAACGGUGUGAACGGCUCGUCCUCGGUCACUCGGAACAAUACGUCCAAUGGGUCGUUGACAACAACUAUCUCCAAUGGCGACACCUCAAUCUGGCCCGACAUUACAUUAGACUACAUGAAAGUGAAACAAAUGGUAAUUCAACGUAUUUUGCCGAGAGAAUGUAAGGUUUUGUAA